UGAAAAUGAGUCAUUCAGCAGUGAAAACUAAAAAAUUAGAUUUCCCAACUGAAUUAAUCUUUGAAAUAAUAACAUUUGUCCCUUUCCGUUACAAGUGGGAAAAUAUUCGAAUUUCGAAAUUAGUUGACAUUAUUGUUGUUAAACUUCGAAAAAAAUAUAUAAUUAAUUUAAAAAUUAGUCGAAAAAUAUUAAAGAAUGAGAUCGAGGUCACAACUGGCAAUAUUAAUUUGUGCUUAAAAAAGUUGGCUUUCUUUGUUAAAGAUGGAUCACGUGCUGAAGAAUGCAUGCAAAUAUCUUGCCAAUUUGGGGGGAUUUUUUAUCAAAUUAAAACUUUUUCGAGUAAACAUGCGUGUUUUGCUAAGAUUGAUGAGGAGUUCAAAAAUGAAGAUUGGCCUGCCCAACCAAUUGUUAAUCAUUUUACGGAUCGUGACAAUUGGAAGAAAGCAGGCAAGGAGAGACAUCAGAUGAUCAAGAAUAUGGUUAAGUUUUUGGACGACAAGCAUGCUACGCUUGAUAAUUUAUUUUAUACUCCAUUUCUGAAAGAAUAUAAGAAUUUUUUGGAUCUUUUGUUGAGUGCAUUCAAAGGAUAUGUUGAAGUGGCAGAGAAGUCUUAUAAAGAUUUUAAUGAGCGAAUGUAUGACGAACAAAUUGAAUAA